AUGAGCGUCCCGUUUCACCAAGCUCCGGCACUUCGCUUCAUCGAGUACUACAACACCACGAUGCAAUUUCAGAGCAAUCUGGCGUACCUCAAGAAUCCGCCGGCAGGUUACCAGCAGCCCGCUUUUGACUUCAUGGGGGCUUUAGAAGAACUGAAGCACAAUGUCACAGCGGGAGCCUUCAAGAACCAGUACGAUUUCGAGGCCAUGCUGCAAUACUUGGUUUACUCGGUUCAUGAUGCCCAUGUCAACCUCUAUGCAGGCAUUCUAUCAGUCUUUUCCUACGCUAGCCCCAUACCUCUUGUUUCAGCAUCAAUUGAUGGAAAGGAAGCGCCCAAAGUCUACUUUGCAGACGACAUCAUCGGCCGCCGGGACAACAUAUCCAACGGCGUCGAAAGCUCGAUUUCCGCCGUAUCGCACAUCAACGGCGAGCCAGUCGUAGAGUUUCUCACCCGGUUUGCGGCCCUCCAGUCGGUUGGCAUGCUGGAGCCCCAUGCCGACUGGAACGAGCUAAUGGACCACCCUGUUCAAGACGUUCAAAGAAUUUUCAGCAUCUUCUCCGGCUCGAGCACAUUCUAUCCAGGCGAUAUCCUCACCUUCUCCUUCGAGGAUUCUAGCAUACCUAACUGGGAGACGAAUUGGCUUGCCAUCUACAACACCGCCGAGUACACUGGUCCUCUGGAAACUUCUGGAGACUUCUACAACUUCUUCGUCCUCGGUCUGCUCCCUGAUUCGUAUGACGAAGUCCCGCUCCCAAUAGUCUUCAGAGGUCCGCUUGGCACAGAAAACUCGCCAGCUGCUGGAGACACACCUACUGGAGGCGGAACCACCGAAGAGCCCGGGGCCUGGUACAAUAGGAGCUAUGGUGCCUUUCCACAAACCCCGGAUAUCCAGCAGGAUAACCUGGACGAUGAAAGCGUUCUCACAGGGUACUUUUAUGAAGACAUAUCGACGGGAGUACUCAGCAUCCCCCACUUCAACCAGUAUGGAUUGGAAAUGGGCACCUUCGGCCUGGCUCUCGCGCAAUUCAUUGAAGGAGCCAAGGAAAAGAGAGCCUCCCGUAUUGUAAUCGAUCUGCAAAAGAACUUUGGUGGGUCGACAGGCAUCGCUCUGCUGCUUUUCCGCGAAUUCUUCCCCGGCAUCGACCCGUUCGCAGGGAGUCAACGACGCAGCCAUGAGUUGGGAAAUAUCUUGGGCUCGGCCAAAACACAGUACUGGCAAGAUGUAGCAGCCGGUACAGAAGAGGGCUUGGGGCUUCUGGCAGAUGAGUGGGUGAUAGCGGCUCGACUCAACGCCGAGACUGGGCGUAACUUCACUUCAUGGGAGGGGGAGUACGAGGGGCCCAGGCGGCAGAACGACGACGACUUCUCGCUUGAACGAUACGAUCUGAACAACCCACAGUUCCACGAGGCAACAUUCGAUGGAUGGCGCCUCACCCGCUACCUUGACGACAGCGGCGAGCAAACUAGGACGAUGUGGAAGCCUGAUGAUGUGGUCAUCCUCACCGACGGAACCUGCUCCUCCGCCUGCGCCUUGUUCCUUGAACUCGCAAAGACCCAAGCCGGCGCCCGCACGGUCGUUGUCGGCGGCGCCCCGAAGCCGGGCCCGAUGCAAGCGGCAAGCGGGAGUCGGGGAGCGCGCCUUUACACCGGUGACACCCUCGACAAAGACUUUAGCUGGAUCAGCGGGCGAAACGAGUCUGUCCGGCGCCUCCUCCCGCAUGAUCGAAACGAGACAGGCAUAUUCGUCGACUAUGCUGCCUUUAACCUCCGUGACCAGUUGCGCGAGGACGACACCUCCACGCCUCUCCAGUUCCGCUACGUCCCAGCGGACUGCAGGCUGUACUUUACCGUGGAUAAUGUUUACAACAUGACGGCUCUAUGGCACGACGUCGCGCACGCCGCGUUCGAGAACCCAAGCCUCUGCGUCGAGGGCUCGACAGGGUAUGGUUCGCGGGAUGGCAGGGCAAACGCGCCCCCCGAAUCGUCCGCGGUUCCGGCUCCGGUGCCGCGACCGGCCGUGGAAUUCUCAGUCGACUACGAUCCUUCCACGGAUAACGGUCUUCCAGCCGGCAUCGUUACCCCUCGUCCGAGCAGACACUCGGCCGCAAAGGAGGCCAAGCCGGGCCUAUGGAGACCCUGCCAGUUCAACGGCAAUACAUGCGCAGGAACUCUGGUUUGCCAGUGGGUCAGGUACUCCUGUAACGCCGGUGGCGAAUGGCAGGAAUGGACUGAUCUUGCUUGCGUCCAGCGUUGCCAACGCCUAGAGGGCGGCGACUGCGUCGUUGACAAAUCCUACGAUGCCAAGGAGAGUGCAGCUCGCGCGUCACUGGUGAAGAAGGCCAUUCCCACGAUGGUCAGGGGCGCCUAG